CAACCAGGCGGCCGCACGCACGCGUCCGCACCGGCCAGCGGCCACCACCUCCCGCGCCCGCACCCAAAAUAACCUCGCGGAUUUUUGCUUUUGCCAAAUCCAGCCUCCGCACGCGGAGAAAAUUCCGAAGCGGAAGAAGUUGAACCGACAGGUGAGAGAGAAAGAGAUAGGAGAGACGAGGCCACGACUCCACGGGGGAGGCAGGGAGAGAAGGUGAGAGAAGAUGCGUUGCGCCGCCGCCGCGCUUGCGGUCGCCCUCAUCGCUGUCGUUGCCGGCGCAACCGCGCCGGGGUCGCCGGCCGCGGGCACGUGCGCGCGGAGGGGUGCGCUACCGUUCCUCGACGCCGUCGGAUCCCGCUGCCCCUUCGUCCGGAUCGAGCCGUCCCCGCCUCUCGAGGUGAGAGGAGAGGCUGUGGAUACUGAGUUGAACCUUCGAAGGAGGGGUGCUUCAUACUCCAUUCUCUUCUAUGCUGCAUGGUGUCCUUUUUCGAGCAAAUUUCGACCGAUAUUUGAAACUGUCAGCACUAUGUACCCUCAGGUACAUCACUUUGCUGUUGAAGAAUCUUCUGCGACACCAAGAUAUGGAGUUCGUGGUUUCCCAGCCAUUCUUCUUGUAAAUGAGACUACAAUGGUUCGAUAUCGGGGUUCAAAAGAUCUUAACUCUCUCGUCGAUUUCUAUAAAGAAACUACAGGUCUGGAUCCAGUUGCAUACAUUGAUGUUGUUGUCCAGCAAGAGAGCACAGCAAGCUUGAGCUCAGUUGCACCAUGGGAUCGUUCUCCGCUUGAGAUGGCCAAAGACGAGCCGCCGUAUCUGUUGGUCGCAGUUCUCUUCAUCAUCCUGAAGGCCGCAGCGCGCUUGGUACCUGCUGCCAUGUCUCAUCUGAGGGCCUUCUUGGCCGUCCGUGUCCAGAACCUGAACCUAGGGAUCCGCAGGGGAUCAAGCCAGGUCUUGGAACGAGCCUUGAACGCCCUUGACGUGAGGAGGCUGUGCAGCAAGCUGGGGCUGAGCAACAGGGCAACAGAUCUGAGGAAGGGUGCAAGCAAUGCUCGAGCCUGGGCUUCCUCGUUUGCUUCCGUCUCACUGGGUGAACCUUCAUCUUCGAGACAAGCUUAGCCAUUUUUUUUUGUUUUUUUUUUGGAGAUGUCGCUUGUUAGGGUAGCUAGCUGCUCACAUGAUGCAAAGACCAUAUAAGGUUUGCUUCCCAUCCUGUUUGUUUCUGUGCAGUCAGGAGGAGAGGGGAAAUCUUACAUGCCUGUAAAUUUUGACGACAUCAUGUGCUGUUGUAUAUUAGGAAUACCUUUGCAUUUCCUGUUUCGGUUUUAGAA